ACGUUUUACAACUCGGCAAAUGCUGUCGUCAACGUAACCGUUUUCUACGAAAGUCUUUGUCCCGACAGCAUAAGGUUUAUUAAAAAGCAACUUCAUCCCACCUACUCGGAACUUAAGGAUUACAUGAACGUGGAACUAGUGCCUUUUGGAAAAGCUCGAGUAAGAUAA